AUGAGCGACUUCGGAGAUGAGCAGGGGACCAGCUCGUCUUCGGACGAAGACGAUGUUCUUUUUGCUGCGGGUGCUGCGCUGCUAUUUGGACCAAAUGCAGAACCAUACGGAGGUCCACUCCAGAAGGUGCCAUGCAGGACGUCUGCGCUGUCAGGACGACACUGGGUUGAGGAAGUGCUGUCAGGCCACCAUACCCGGAUCAUGGAUGCAACAAGGCUAAACGUUGAUUCUUUCAUGAGGUUAUGCCAGCUUUUGGCCGAAUGCGGAUUUGUUCCCCAAAAUCAUCAGAAAAGGGUUACAAUAGAGGAGGCACUUGCGAUGACAUUGGUCAUGAUGAGCCACAACAUGAGAAUGCGUAUGAUUGCUGAUCGAUUUAACCAUUCGACGGAGACAGUACAUCGAAAUAUUCACGAAGUCAUUCGGGGCCUAUGCACCUUCGCGCAAUUCGCAAUUACUCCAAGAUGGCAGGAUGAAAUUCAUCCGAAAAUUCUUAAUGACACGAGGUUUUAUCCUUGGUUUGAAGACUGCGUCGGAGCUAUUGAUGGGACACAUAUACCUGCUUGUGCCCCAAGAGGACAACAAGUGGCAUACACUAAUCGACACGGUGUACAGUCACAAAAUGUUUUGGCUGUGUGCGACCAUGAUAUGCGAUUUGUGUACGUGUAUGCCGGUUGGGAAGGAAGUGCACAUGAUGCCCGAGUCUUAGAUGGGGCUUUGACCGGCCCAAAUCACUUCCCCAUGCCUCCUACAGGAAAAUAUUAUUUGGUUGACUCCGCGUAUCGAAACUUGCCCGGUUUCUUACCACCAUAUAGGGGACGCCAAGCUGAUGUUAGUGGUCGCAGGAGGGGGAGAUUUGCAACUGCGAAAGAGCUGUUUAAUUACCGGCACUCUGCACUACGGAAUGUCAUAGAGCGAAGUUUCGGUGUCCUAAAAAGGAGAUUUGCCAUUUUAAGGGGAGCCGUUCCGAACUACAUGAUGACAACACAGAUAAAUGUAGUUAUUGCUUGUUGUGCCGUGCAUAACUUCAUUAGGGAUCAACAACCGAAUGACAUGUACUUUGCUGACGCGGAGGAGGGAGAUCUAGAUAUUCAUGGUGCAAUUCCUCCUUAUCCCGAGAUACAGCCAUUGCAUUCUCCGCCUGAAGUUGUUGAGCAAUGGAUUGGCAUGAGAGACACACUGGCUACGCAUAUGUUCAAUGCCUAUAGAAAUAGGCGAUAA